GGGGCUGGAGGCGCCAUGUCGGGCCGGGAAGGUGGCAAAAAGAAGCCCCUGAAACAGCCCAAGAAGCAGGCCAAGGAGAUGGACGAGGAAGAUAAGGCUUUCAAGCAGAAACAAAAGGAGGAACAGAAGAAACUCGAGGAGCUAAAAGCCAAGGCCGCCGGGAAGGGCCCCCUGGCCACAGGUGGAAUUAAGAAAUCUGGCAAAAAGUAAGCUGUUCCUCACAUCUGGGGUGAUGGUGACCCUCCUCUUCCAUUCCUAUUUAAACAUCU